GUGGUCAAACGUUGUUAGUUUGUGAUUAUUUCUUUAGGGACUUCGUCGGGAGUUUAUCCGGGACGACGGAACUCUUGAAAUGCUGAGUUCAUUUACCCUUUUUCUUCAUCGGGGGCUUUCGAACGCGACAAUUUAAAAGUUGUCACGCUCCCUUGCAGAAAUGCCGAGGAAAGCAUUGCUUGCGUUUGCAUUUCUUGCGUGGAUCACAUCAGAAGCUGCUUCGGAUUCUUUUGUCAUCAACGUCGACCUUGGAAAACCAGUAGCACCUUUGAAACACUUCUGGAGAAGCACUGGUUUUUGUCCUCCUCUUCCUCACACCGAGGCGGACCAGUUUGACCUGAGUGUUGACCAGCAGCAGAACCUGGCUUAUGUGGGUUCGGUCCCCCAUGGAGGGAUCCAGCAGGUCAGAAUCCACUGGAUGUUGGAGCUGGUCACUGCCCAAGAUGUUGGAGGACAACCCCAGUACAAUUUUACAAAACUGGACCAGCUAAUGAAUCUCUUAUGGAUUAAUGGACUGCAACCAGGUUUUGAACUGAUGGGCAGCGUCUCAAACUACUUCACCAACUUUGAAGAGAAAUCUCAAGUGUUCAAAUGGAGAAAUUUGGUUCAUCUCAUAGCCAAGAGGUACAUCGACAAAUUUGGUCUUGGAAGUGUUUCUCAGUGGAACUUUGAAACAUGGAAUGAGCCCAACAACCAUGACUUUGAUAAUGUCAGCAUGUCAAUUCAAGGGUUUCUAAAUUAUUACGAUGCCUGUUCGGAGGGUCUGCGGGCUGCCAGCAACUUGCUGAAGUUUGGUGGUCCGGGAGACUCCUGUCACUCGCCCCCACACUCUCCUUACUGCUGGGCCAUGCUUCAACACUGCUACAAUGGCACCAACUACUUCACUGGCGAGACGGGCAUUCGGAUUGACUACAUUGCCCUGCACAAAAAGGGAGGAGGUUGCGCUUUGCCAAUCCUGCAGCAGGAGCUGCAGACCGUGGGGGAGAUCCAGGAGCAUUUCCCCCAGUUCCGCAGUCGUCCUGUGUACAACGAUGAGGCUGACCCACUGGUGGGCUGGUCCCGGGCUCAGGAGUGGAGAGCAGACGUGACCUAUGCUGCCAUGGCGGUCAAGGUGAUCAGCCAGCAUCAGGAUGUGCUGUCGGCUAACACUAGCUUCAACUACGCCCUGCUGAGCAACGACAACGCCUUCCUCAGCUACCACCCUCACCCCUUCACCCAGCGCACUCUGACCGCUCGCUUCCAGGUCAACAACACCCAGCCGCCUCAUGUGCAGCUCAUCAGGAAGCCCAUCCUCACCGUCAUGGGCCUUCUGGCUCUGUUAGGUGAGACACAGGUCCUGGCACAAGUUUCGAACUCCUCAAGCGCUGAUGAUUCCCACAGCGGACGCGUGGGAGUUCUUGCAAGUACCCACGGGCAAGAAAUCCCCAGUGGUUCAGACAGCUGGCAGGCCGCUUUGCUGGUCUACAGCAGUGACGACAACCGCACGUCGGCCAGCAUUAAUGUUGUCACUGCGUCGCUGAAAGGACUGGAGCCGCACACAGGUCUUGUAUAUGUCACCUAUCUCCUGGACAAUAAUGUGAGUAACCCAUAUCAACAAUGGCAAAAGAUGGGAAGCCCCAUCUACCCCACGACAGACCAGUUCACAAAGCUCAGGAACGUCCAGGACCCUCUCGUUGAUGGACCGUGGCCGGUGCCCGCAGGCGACACUCUCACUUUGAAGGCAAGACUGCGUGUUCCCUCUGUGCUGCUGAUACAUGUAUGUGCCCGACCCAAAGCCGCUCCAAACCAGGUCAAUGGUGUGCGCUUCAUCAGGAUCACCAGAGGCCAGGUCCUCGUUAUCUGGUCUGACGGCUGUGUUGAUUCCAAAUGCAUUCACACCUUUGAACUGGAGUACUCUGCAAGUCAGAAGGAGUUCAACAGGAUUAAUAGCCUCAACACCAUUUUUACCUCAUUUGUUUAUUCACCUGUGGACCAGGAGGUGAGCGGCUGGUACAGAGUCCGAGCUGUGGACUACUGGGGCAGGCCUGGGAUGUACUCACUGCCUGAGGAGUAUUCAGAGGACCUUUAUCUAUCUCAUCAUAUAUAGAAGACCACCAUGUCAUCGUUAUUUACGGACCUUGUAUCAUUUUAAAUGUCAAAUGAGACAGAUACUUCGAUAGUGUUUUGUUGUCAUGGUAAUGUAUUACAGCAUGACAAUUAAGAGGGGAGUUGCAUCAUCUUGUUCAAUCAAACAGAAGGGACUUUUUUCUUUUGGCAAUUACAUUACAUUUCAAUGGGGUAUUCUGUCAUGACAAUUGAAACUAUGACAGUUUUAAGUGUAACAGGAUUAAUAUUGUAUCAUCUUUAAUGGAGCGCUCGCCGACCUCAUUCCUGGAGCGAUGACUAAUGAAGUUGUCUUUGGUUGCUGGUUGGAACAUGUUUAGCCAGCUCCUGAUGAGAAGGAAAACAAAUAGUUCAAACAUCCACCACCUAAAAUUAUUCCAAACUUGUGUAGGGGAGGAGUGGCUGGAACUGUCCCCCCCCCCCCAUGCAAAUAUGCUCCUGUUUUUGAUGCUCAAUUCUCUGGCUAGCAGGGGGCAGGCCGCGGGAGAAGACCAGGGCGUAACCAUCCUCGCAGCUUCCGUCGGCGGCAAGUGUAGGUGAUGGCAUAGUCUGUGUCAAUGAUCCAGUAGUUGUCUCCUGGAGGAGCACAGAGCACACAUUUAUUGGUCCUGCACUAUGCAAUUCUCCAUCAUGCUGCCCUAAUUCAAUAAAAUAAAGCCCCAGUUAAGAUCACAACACUGAAUACAUUAAAAUCCAUUUACUGUAUAAGUUAAAAUGAAAACACACACAGUAGUUAUAAAAUACAGUUCAUGGCAAUGUGUUGAAUUGGUUCUAUUACCAAUUCAACACAUCAAUGUGUCCAUCAACACAAUUGUAAAAGCAGAUGCACAGAUUUAAGAAAUAAAUUUUAAAAAAAGCAAUAUUAUAUAGUAUAUACAGAAGUGAGUAAAUGUCAAAGGCCCUCCCAAGUCAUAUUAUUGUAAUAAGGAGACAGAUUUUUCCCCAACAAGACAACAGUGAUUUCCGCAUGUCGAAAGAUGGAAUGAAAUAUGCUGAAAAUGUAAAGCAUUGUCACAGUAACUAAUGGCCAUCCUAAUACUUUUGCACGAGUGUACACUGUGCACAUAAAGUAAUCAAUUGUACAGACUGCAUGUGUUUAAAUGUGAGUGAGUUAUUGACCAUACCUCCACUGGACAAGAUAGCCGGCCAGUCCCUGGUAGUUCAUGAACAUCUUGCCUGGGCUUUCAGGGUUAGGCACACAGUACUGAGCAGCCAUGUCAGCACACACAACCCAGAACCCGGAUGUCAUAUAGGAAGAAAAGGUUCAUACUCAAGGCUUUCAGUGCUUUGAAUGAAUGCAACAACCAUUGCUCACCCGAACAGAGUUGACUCUGCCACUGGAGGAGGCCACCAUGGCGCCGUCAUCUCCAACAAUGUACUCCGCAGAGAUGGUGUCCUGAAGGAACAAACCCUCUGGAUCUUUCUUCUGCAGGGCAUACUGAUGGCAAAAAUAAAGCUUUUUAGAGUCAUUCAUAAUACAGGUUUUCUACAACUGUAGUGAAGUCAGUGGUGGGAAAUACAAAAAUGUUGUACUAUACUUUUUUCCAGGUAUCUGUACUUUUCAUUUUUACUCCAUACAUUUGAAAACAGACCAUAUCUGUACUUUCUGCUCGUUACGUUUUAUAAAGAUUUUAAAUAUGGAACAAAUUUGGAUUGACAGAUUGGUUGAAUCUCUUAUAAAGCAGAAGAAAAAAAAAAAGAGCCAGCAACACGGAGGAACGUGAACCAGAUUCAAUCUAGCAAGCUAUAAGUCACUUGUUGAAUGUUGUCGGCUACAAUAAUUAAAAAAAAAUAAUAAAAAAACACAAUGGGAACAUGUUUUGAUGGCCCAAAAAAAAAAAAAA